CUUCAUAAGAAAGAGACCCAGAGAUUCGAAUAAUAAAUUAAUGGUAUAUCAAUUGCCCAGGAUUACUGCGUGAAUGAUGGUUGGAUAUGGAAGGAGGCUCGCGAGGGGUUGGGUCUUGGUUGGUUGUAUGACGUGAAAUGCCAACCAUCCCGAUAUCGAUCGAUGUGAUACUUUUCGUUGCGUCAACACCACAGCAGACAGCAUGGCGAUUACAGCAGCCACCGCAGAUGCCGAGCAGCAGGCGACUCUGAAGCCAGGACUCCCGAAUUUGCACCACCUCAAUGUUGGAGAUUGCCCCUCCUCUGUUUUGCAUAGAUAGCUGACCAGCGUGAAGCAUUCUCAAUCCCAGCGAAUCCUAUGGCUCCUCGAAGAACUCAACGUGGAAUACAAUCACGUCGCAUACACCAGAGUACAAGGUCGUGCUCCACCGGAGCUAGCUAAGAUCCAGUAUGUAAUAUCCUUACCACGCGUUCUUAUAUAAGUACGAUACUAACAAAGAUCCGCAGUCCGCUCGGAAAGAGCCCCACGUUCGUCAACAAAGAUGGACGCGUAAUAAUCGAGUCCUCGGUCAUAAUAUCCUAUAUAAUCGAUACCUACGACACCUCCCACAAGUUCGCAGUCGUCGAUCAAAUCCGAUCAGACGAGAUAUCCGCCUUCGCAUCCGCGACUCUGGCACCCGUUACCUCGACCGAGAUCCUCUUCGAGCUUAUCCAUAAGAAUACACCCUGGCCCUUCUCCUACAUUACGGGCGCAUUGAGGUCGAAGAUCCAGAAUCUGUUCUCGAUGGGCGAGUUGAGGAAGGGAUUGAGGUACUUGGAGAGCGAAUUGGGAGAGGAGUGGUUUAAUGGGGGACAUCCUGGGAAGAGCGAUUUUAUGGUUACGUUUCCGGUGGAUUUGAUUGCGGAGAGGGGAUGGAUUGAUCUUGGGAAGGAGUUUCCGAAGUUGGCGGCUUGGAGGGGAAGAGUUAGGGAGAGACCGGCUUGGAAGAGGGGGGUUGAGAAGGGGAAUGGGUAUGAGUUGAAGAAGCUGGGAUGAAUGAUGUCUUGAUCAAUUCGGGAAAUUGGUGGACCUGGUUAUCACGAAUAAUCGUCACUUCAUAGCACUCACUGUGUCACACUUGAUUCAGAUAAUUAUUUCGGAUCUUUCUACAGCUUCGAAACCCUAACUACUACAAUAUACGUAAGGAGACUCGUGAGUAAGGAGACUCGUGAGUAAGGAGACUCAUGAGUAAGGAGACUCGUGAGUAAGGAGACUCGUGAGUAAGGAGACUCGUGAGUAAGGAGACUCGUGAGCUUGAGGCAUGAACUCAUGUGUUUGGCGUAUAAGGUACUCCAGAGGGAGGCACAAUCACAAUAGGAACAGAUAUAAACACUACUAAAACGGCCGAGAACCUAUAGUCCCAAGUCAGCUCAAGAACCCUCCUACUACCUGUCGAAAUACUCACGCAGCAGUGGCGCCAAAGAUCUCAACUCUGGAAGCCGUCCCAAGAAAGAUUAAGCCAGCAGCAAAUAUGAUUGCGAACCCAGCGAGACAAAGCAGCAAGUUUCCGAGACCAUGAACUUGGGAUAGUACCGUUAUAGCAAUUGUCGGUAAUAAACAAGCAACCACCGUCGUUAGGGAAGACGUGAACCGUACAAUACUAGCCCCAGAGUACAUCGUUAACGUCUCCCUCGCAAGCUGAUCCCGUGUCUUCCUCGGGCUCUCAGGCGCUGCAGUCUUCUCGGCGUCACCCUCUUUCUUUCUUUUUCGCGCUUCCCUCCAAUCUGCCCACCAGGGCACAAAUGAGGCGGCGACCCAUCUUGAAAGACUAUCGACAGGAGCCUUUGGAUGUGUCGAAGCGAGAUCGGGGGUGCAAGGGGGAUCUGGUUUGGACCAGAUCAAGCUCCAUAUCACUUCCUUGAAUGUCUUUGCGGGUGGUCCCUUGCCGAAGAUGUUCCCCCAUGUGUAUUUCUCCUGGCCGCCGUUUAUACACAGGUCUCCUGCGUCCGGGUUCUUGAGCCAUUUCAUUAGGCUGUUCAAAUUAUGUGUUUCGGGUUUUGGAAGAGCCGAUACUUGGGAAAAUUGCAGCAGGGCUUCAUCUGUAUAUUGUCAAAAACCGCAAUUUGUUGAGUUGCUUGGUGAGGGACGUACUGUAUUCCUUCAGGAGUUUGCGUAUUUCUUUCAUGAUUUCCCAUUGUUUCGCCUUGGAGGAGACGAGGUAGUUGGCUUGUUCACAGUACUUGCUCACUGUAUCGUCCCCACGCCUGUAGUCUUCCCACUCUUCCUCUUGCAGGUCUUGUUUCAGUAGUUCUAUCUGGGCUUGAUAAUAUAGCAGGCUCUUUAUUUGGAGAUCGCUGAAGCGGUUAAAGGAUGCGAACUCGGGGGUAUCAGACAUUAAUUUCGAAACUUUUGGCCACUUCUUGUUGUUAGCGAGGUUUCGUUCUUUUCCAAACUCCCAAAGAGUCAACUUUCAGUACAUUCCAAGUUGUAUUCGAAAAGAUUGGGAUAGAAGGGGAGCCCGGCUCUUAAUGCUUGUCGGCAUCGUCGACAAAUACUUGCUACUACCUGAUCAUAAUCGAAAAUAAAAAGUACAAAUGUGCCGCAGAGGGCAGUGUAUCAACCUUUUUUAUGAGCUAUAGUAGAAUUGGAUGCGGGAAUGGAAAAUUGGCUGCUCUUACUCCUGGAACUGGUUCGGACGGAGUGUCAUAUACUGUGGGACAUGCUUGUGGAUCAUCGGGGUGCUUGCUUCUCAGACAAUCAUGCUGCGAACUGAGCGAACAAGGCGGUGGAGAAGAAGUUCGUGUUGAUUCUGCAAUUUUAAUGACAGGUCGCGCAAGGGAGGUACUCGAUGGCGAAUUAUGAAUCGAAACGUUAUCCGUACUAAUCUUGGGGAAAGAAUCAUCUUGUGGAGAAGCUUGUGCGGAACCAACGACUGUUCCCGAAAGUUGCGUACGGAUUGAACCUGUGUCGCUACUUUGCGAUACGGUGACCAUUUUGGCAAUAAAAAAGAAGAUUUCUUGUGGAUAUGUAAAGAGUUCGGGAUUUUGAAAGAUUUAUGGUACUAAAAGGAAUGGAGCCUCACAAGUGCAAAGAAGCCACAGAGAGCGCCUAAUCAUAGCAGUUCCCG